UGAACCCUGUUAACAUUAGGCUAAAUGCAUCCACAAUAGCUUUUCUUCUUGGUCAUUGCACAGCUGCAGCAGUAAUAGUUGAUCAAGAGUUCUUUUCUUUGGCAGAAGAAGCUUUGAAAAUAUGGUCUGAGAAAGCCAAGACCUUCAACCCACCACUACUUGUUGUCAUUGGUGAUGAAAACUGCGACCCUAAGACACUUAGGUAUGCUCUGGGAAAAGGAGCCAUUGAAUAUGAGGAUUUUCUCCAAAGUGGUGACCCUGAAUAUGCAUGGAUACCCCCGGAGGAUGAGUGGCAGAGCAUAUCUUUGGGUUACACAUCUGGUACCACCGCUAGUCCGAAGGGUGUGGUGUUGCACCACCGAGGAGCCUAUCUCAUGUCUCUGAGUGGCGCUCUUAUUUGGGGAAUGACUGAAGGUGCUGUGUAUCUUUGGACACUGCCAAUGUUUCAUUGCAAUGGUUGGUGUUUCACGUGGACACUUGCAGCUCUGUGCGGUACAAACAUAUGUCUUCGCCAG